GCUGUUUAAAAUUUCAUCGCGUGAAAAUGAAGUUUUUAGUAGUUCUACAGUGCAUUGUGGCUGUAGCAGUGGCUGUGCCAAGACCACAAGGAUACUCCUAUGGAUUACCAAGAUUUUCUGGGGAUGCUAAUUUAAUUGGUGCAGGAUCUUCAUCACCAUUUGCCUCGCUCAGUAGUGUUUCUGGAUCGGGAAGUUCUCAGUCAUUUUCAGCUGCUACAACCUUUGGACAGCAGGCUUCUCGUCAAUACACUCCUGAAGUCCAGAAGCACAUUUACGUGCACGUCCCACCACCAGAUCACGAAGUCCUCCCAGCACCCCGAGUUGUUACCUACGACCGACCCGUUAAGCACUACAAGAUAAUAUUUAUCAAAGCCCCAUCUCCAACUCCUCAGCAGCAACCCCUCCUUCCUGCACCCGUUCAAAAUGAGGAGAAAACUCUGGUGUACGUGCUGGUGAAGAGACCCGACAGACAGCCAGACCUUCAUCUUCCAACACCAGCACCAACAGUUCCAGCCAAGCCCGAGGUGUACUUCAUCAAGUACAACUCGAAGAAGGAGGGAGGAGCUGGGGCAUUGCCGGUGCCAUCACUGCCAUCAGUGCCAUCGGUGGUGGAUGCUCGUGUACCAAGCCUCCCACAAACCGUGCCACAGAGUGGUUCAGCCAGCUCUUUGAAUCAUUUAACCGCAAACGCCGGCAAUGCUGGAACUGGCUUCGCACAACAAUCUGGUGGAUUCAGUCAAGGAAAUGUAGCCACUGGACUGGCAUCCACAGCAUCUCGUGUUUCUCUACCACACACACAAUACGGAGUACCCCUAUAAUUCAUUGAUUUUUAUUUUGAUUUUUAUUUUAAUUAGAUGCAAAAAUUAAAAUUAUUUCGAAACAUUUAGGAACUAGUCAAAAUUGCUAUUUUGAUCUAUUUUUUCCUUUCUUCUUUGCGAAAAACUUUCUAUUUUUAUAAAGAAAAUAUUGUUCUGCUUCACGCAGAAUUAGUGGUUCAGUGUAAAUAAUGCAAUUGAAUAAAAUAAUUUUUACAAA